CUUUGCAACAUCGCCCUUCGUAUUGUCAGGAGGACCUUCAUUGUAUUGGUCGGUCCGCUGUAGCAUCCUGGCCUCCGCCAUCACCACGCCAGCAUGGCGUCCUACUACCACGACUCGAGCGUCGCUGGAUAUGGCUACCACCAACAGGGCGGCGGCUAUUACCAAGAUCAAUAUCAACAUGACGACUAUCACUACCAGCAAGACCACGCCUCCUCAUCCUCAUAUGACGACGAGCAGCCCAACAUGGCAGGCUUCGGCGCCCGUCGCCUCGCCGAGUCGAGCAGGCGCAAGGCAGACGUAGAGGCGCGCCGUAUGAGGGAGUGGCAGAGGCAGGAGAAUGAGAGAUUGGCUUGGGAACAGCAGGAGGCUGACAGGAUAGCUUGGGAGCAGUACGAGGCAGACAGACGAGCGCACCUCCAGUGGGAAGAGGAGCGUCGUGCUCAGGUCGAGCAUGACGAGAGGGAGUGGAGGAGGCAGCAACAGCAGCAUGCCGAGGAAGAGGAGCACCAGCGCCGUCAAGCGCAAUGGUACGAACAGCAACGGGCUGAGCAUCAACGUCGCCUGGAGCAGGAAGAACACGAGCGUCGUAGUCGCAGUCGCAUCCACACCCGCGGUGAAUCGAGCCACUCGGCCUAUGCAGACAUGCCUUCGGGUGGCGGUGAAUCGAGCGACAGGGCAGCGGAGCGAUGGUAUCAUCACCUCAAUGACCGACCGAUUUCAUCGUCUGCGGAUACCGGAAGGCAAUGGUCGAGUGACACAGACGGCGUAUCAGCCAUGAGCUACGGCGAGUCUUACUCGCGUGACUCAGGCCGGAACGUAGCAGCGCAGAGUCAUGAUCGCUCAUCGUACUCGCAAGAGAGCAGCAACGCCGUCUUCAAGGGGCAUCGUCUAGCAGCUCCCUCGGUGUCCACGAUGGGAGGCAGCCUUGGGAACAUCCGCUCAUCCCUUGUCGACCGCCGCGCCACCAUCUAUGAGGACGAAUACGAAGAGGAGGACGGCGAUGAACACAUUGACAUCACGGCCAAUCUCUCCCGCUACACCCACUACGGCGGCCCAUCUGACGCAGACGCAGACCAGAGCGGCGACAGCGGCAACGCUGCCUGGUCAGGGGCAAGAAAGAGCCUCUUUCGAAACACCACGUAUCAGCCCAUUCCGAAGGCCCGAUGUGCUGACUGCCUAGAGGAGUUUGACUUCGACGAGCUGGCAGACCAUGCCUGCGAUCAAGCAUCAACGCCUGCGACGCCGAUCACGCCGCUGCCGCCGCUCAAGUCGCCCGCAAGCGACGUCACCACGCCUAACAGCGAUGUCUCGCCUUCCUCGUCGUCCUUCUUCCACAAAUAUGCCGCCUACGAAGAGACCCGCUCCAAGACUGCGACGCCAACGCCCCCAACAGCAACAGUGACAGCAGUUGGAUCAGGUAUGGUCCGCUCCGCCUCGGACGACGUGACGACGACCAAGACGUCUGGACUCGGGCUCGGCGUCACGGGUAUGCCGACUCGCUCCAACUCUUCCCCAACAGCAUCGCCCUCACGCCACCACAAGGCGUUGCAGGACGAAAUGAUUAUGGAGCGCAGGAGGCGCAUCGAAGCGCAGCGCGAGGCGAAGAGGAUGGCAGGAGGGUCUUCUCCCUCGCCCAGCUUUGCGGACUCGCCACCGAAGGAGCUCACCAAGCUGCUUGAAGCAAAGUCUUCGCCCAGCCCCACGAAGGAGCGACACCAGGUGAAGCAGCAGCCCCAGCCCACAACGCUUCGCCACCAUCCCACACCAUCGCGCAACGCCUCGUCCUCCUCCGCAGGCUCAUAUUCGUCCAAUGCGAGCGCCGCCUCGUCAGCCUUUCAGGGUCCAGUGAGCGUCUCGAUCACGCCGAGCUCGAGCUUCAGCCAGCAAAGCGACCAAGGGCGUCACGAAUCCUCGCCGCCGUCAAAGGGCUUCCUGUCGCCCGAGACGGCCUCUGGCGCCUUCCCGUGGGGACGCAAGGCCGGCGCUACUCAUCACCGUAGCUCUUCUGCUGCAGCGGUCGAAGCAGCGAGGAAGGCGAGACUUGAGCAGCUCGCAACAGCAGCAGCCAAGGACGCUGCGUUGUCCAAGUCGCCCCGUCUGGCCCGCAAGGAGGUCGACCUAGGCGGGAUUGAGGACCUCAUGGAGACGCUGCAAGUCUCUCGUGAUGACGAAAAGCCGCGUCGCCGAGCUAAUCGACCUCCUCAGCUCGACCUGACCCCCAGCACAACGCCCAAGGAACACAUGGACCGCCAGCGUAAAAGGGCAGAACGCAAAGCACGUCGCUGCCGAGUGUGCAACUGCUCUCUAUCCUCUUCCACUCGCACCGCCUUCGUUGAGAAGGACGGGCAGUACAUCUGCCGUGCAGACUAUGCUGCAUUAUAUCUUCCCAAGUGCACGAAGUGCCACCAACCCGUUGAACGGGACGCGGUCAAGAGCUCUGACGGUGCUCUGCGGGGAAUCUUCCACCGUGGAUGCUUUUCGUGCUUCGAGUGCAAUGAGCUGUUCAAACAAGGCGUCUUCUACGUGUGGGAGAACCAGCCAUACUGCUUGGACCAUUACUCAAGCAGGGCGGGGACGGGCUGUGCCUCAUGCCACAAGGGGAUCGAGGGGACGUGCAGGCAGGUGAUGGCGGGUAAGAGCGAGGGAGAAAAGGAGCUCUACCACCCUGAGUGCCUGCGAUGUCAGAUGGACGACUGCAGGGAGGUGCUGCAAGACUUCUAUGUUGUGGGUGGGAAGAGGCUGUGCGAGAAGCAUGCGGAGCUGGUGCAGCGCAUCGUCGAUCAGGAGGUAGCGGCGAAGGUGGGGUCGGUGUCUUCGCAGAGGAAGGCCAAGAAAACGAAGAAGGCAGAGAAGAGGACGACGAUGCUUCGUGCGUUGACGUAGGAGCAAAAAUAAGGACUUUCACUGUAUAUAGCUAUACCCAUCCAAGCGUUGAAGCAUCCAUGAUCUUCCUGUUCACCGCGGAGC